AUGAUACCCCUUGGCCUCGAACUGUUAACCAAAGCACUCGAGGCUCAAGUAACAAACAACGCACAACAAUCAUCAUCGAACGCUUCAUCUUCAACAACAACAACCACUCAUGCAAGAUCUCAAUCACAAACCAAUCAAGAAGAUGGUGCCAUAGAAUUGGAGUGCUAUCAUGUACCAUCGGAACAUAUCUUGCAAGAUAAGUACAAUCAAAAACCCGGACGUAAAACCAUGAAGGAAAUUGAAAACGAACAAUACAAGGAUGUAUUCCAAAUGAAAACACGAGUUUCCAAGCAACUCAAGAAUGGAUCAUUUCUACUCAAGAAUUUACGACUAUACUUGCAUGUCGAGAGUGGUUACUUGUAUCCAGGGAUUUCCACUCGGGAUGGAGAUUUAUUCUUUCCUGUGGAUAAGAAUCAACUCAUCGAGAUACUGAAAAAGAUUGCACCAGAUAUUGAAGAUGAAAAUAAUCAAAUAUAUCAUGUCAAUGUGAAUGGAAAGGGAUUUAAAUUGAAUGGAGUCAAGUAUUCCAAACAAGACGUGGUCUCGUUGAUUGUACUUAUCAAAAACUCAUCUACAAAUUAUCACGAUUCUUUUAAGAAUAGAGAACGAAAGUUAAUACUGUUAUCACCGCCGACGUAUAAUCCUCGAUUGUGUGAUGAGAAUGAUCCACGAGCGAUUAAAUUGCAACAAAAGAUUCAACAGGAAGAGAAGAGCAAACAGAAUUUACAAAAGAAGAGAGAACGAAACACAAUUAGUGGAAAUAUAGGUGAUGAUGGUCAACCAUCUUCAUCAACCACCACAAGGAAAAAACAAGGCAACCGCGCACUACACACCAGCAGUACAGAAAGUAGUGAUGAUGACGAUUCAGAGAUGAGUAAUGAAUUGGUCAUGAGUGACUUUUCUCAUCCACAUUCCCCGCCAGCAAUCAUGGCGUCACAAGAUAAUGCAUUGACGAUAUCAGAGCCACGCAAGAAAAAGUCAAAAUCUAAUCCUUCAUUAGUACUUGUGGAAGAUAAGCUGAAUGAAAUUGUGAGUGCUUCACAUUCGAGCGAUUCUGACCUGCAACGAUUAAUUGUCUAUCUCUAUCAACAUGGACACAUUUCAGAAACAUGCGUUUUAACCUAUUGUAAAAACAAUAACCUUGCGACGUUGGAGGAGCUUGUUGAAAAGAAUUCUUCGAUUUCUUCAUCAACUUCAUUGGAAGGCUUGAUUGAAUCGUGUGACAGCAUGGACAAGGAUUUCCUCUCCUUGAUGGGAGAACUUAUGGAACGUGGCUUGUUGUCAUGGCUUAAAGGAUGGCAACAUUAUCUUCGAAAGUCAUACGACUAUGCUCUCGAUACAGAUCCCACUAUUAUUUAUCGAUUCUUGAAUAUGCAUCGUGAGCUCUAUGGAAGCAAUCCCAAUUACAAAAUAAAAGAUCCCUGA